CGAGGGAGAGGGAUGGAAGGAGGGGAGGGCGGGGAGGGCAGGGGUUGCGCACACUUCUCCGAGUUACUCACCGGCAGCCCCGCUCUGCCAAGGCGCUGCCAAGGACCUUGGAGCUUUUGUCAGCUCCCUGGCAGAGGUCCCCUGGUCCAGCCCCAAGUCAAUGUGAGUUUUCAGCGGGAUCCACAAAGCAUGUGGGAGCCGCAGCCUGGAAAGUUACAGCUGUGUCUGGCGAACGUCAGUUAUUUUCAGAUCAGAGCUUGGUGGCUUCUGAACCUAAACCACACAGCGGGAGUUGCGAGAGGAAAAAAGGCCCCGGCCGGCGGCAUGCGGCUCCCACGCCUGUCCAGCUCCGCGGUGACCGUGCUUCUGCUGGCGCAGACGUGCCUCCUGCUCUUCCUGCUCUCGCGGCCUGGACCCUCGUCCCCAGCCGGCGGCGGGGCGCGCGUGCACGUGCUGGUGCUGUCCUCCUGGCGCUCGGGCUCCUCGUUCGUGGGCCAGCUCUUCAGCCAGCACCCGGACGUCUUCUACCUGAUGGAGCCCGCGUGGCACGUGUGGGCCGCCCUGCCGCGGGGCAGUGCGCCCGCGCUGCACAUGGCCGUGCGCGACCUGGUGCGCUCCGUGUUCCUGUGCGACAUGGACGUGUUCGACGCCUACCUGCCGUGGCGCCGCAACCUGUCCGACCUCUUCCAGUGGGCGGUGAGCCGCGCGCUGUGCUCGCCGCCCGCCUGCAGCGCCUUCAGCCGCGACGCCAUCAGCAGCGAGGCGGUGUGCAAGCCGCUGUGCGCGCGGCGGCCCUUCGCGCUGGCGCAGGAGGCCUGCCGCUCCUACAGCCACGUGGUGCUCAAGGAGGUGCGCUUCUUCAACCUGCAGGUGCUCUACCCGCUGCUCAUGGACCCCCUGCUCAACCUGCACAUCGUGCACCUGGUGCGCGACCCGCGCGCCGUGCUGCGCUCCCGGGAGCAGACGGCCAAGGCGCUGGCGCGCGACAACGGCAUCGUGCUGGGCACCAACGGCACGUGGGUGGAGGCCGACCCCCGCCUGCGCGUGGUGGGCGAGGUGUGCCGCAGCCACGUCCGCAUCGCCGACGCCGCGCUCAGCAAGCCGCCGCCCUUCCUGCGCGGCCGCUACCUCCUGGUGCGCUUCGAGGACCUGGCUCGGAACCCGCUGGCCGAGAUCCGAACGCUCUACGCCUUCACCGGCCUCAGCCUCUCGCCGCAGCUCGAGGCCUGGAUCCUCAACAUCACGCACGGCGUUGGGCCCGGCGCGCGCCGCGAGGCCUUCAAGACCACCUCCAGGGACGCGCUCAACGUGUCGCAGGCCUGGCGCCACGCGCUGCCCUUCUCCAAGAUCCGCCGCGUGCAGGAGCUGUGCUCCGGCGCCCUGCGGCUGCUGCGCUACAGGCCGGUGUUCUCUGAGGACGAGCAGCGGGACCUCACUCUGGACCUGGUGCUGCCCCGAGGCCCAAGCAGCUUCAAGUGGGCCUCGUCCACGGACGCGCAGCCCAGGCCUUAGCAAGGUCCCCAGUGGCGGCCCGGGAGGAGUGUGUGACAGGAAGCGGGCGGCAGGGCACGUGAGGAAGCCAACCAGCCAGCAGGGAACCACAGUGUGAGG